CCCCCGGCCGCCUCCAGGCCUCAGGCCGCCCAGCCGCCGGCUGCCCCGGACGAGGGAGGGAGCCGGCGCAGAGGCAAUUGCUGCUCCGGCCCGCCCGCCCUCUUUGGCUCGGGCGUCCCCUCCCCCACCCCCCGGAGUGCGAGCGCGCGCGACCUGCGGGCGGGCUCUCCUCCGCUCCGGCCUGAGCGCGCGCGCCGGCCCCUCCCCUUCGCGCGCCCUCCCCGGGGCGGGUUCGCGGGCGGGCGCGCGGCCCCUCCUCUCCGCCUCCCUUCCCCUUCCCCUUCCCCCUCCCCGCCCGGCGGCUAGGCGCAGCCGCCGGCUUAUUGUGGACCCUCGCCCCACGGCGCUGCCACUUGCCCGCGGCGCCGCCGGCGGUGCCGCGGAGCUUAGCGCGGGAGCGGGGAGCGUGCUGGGCCGGGGCUCAGUCCCCUUAUCCGCUCUCGCCGGCGCUGUCCCCGGGCCCCGCUGUCCCUCCCCCACGCGUGGCGGCAGCGCUCCCCCUAGUCCCCGCGUGCACGCGCGGCGGCGGGCGGACGGGCGGGCGCCCGGCGCUCGGGCGUGUGCGAGGCGUGAGGUGGAGAUGGGGGCGGAGGGAGCCGGAGCUGUCACAGGCCCCGGGUCCGCCUGACCGAGCCAAGUAGGGUGUCAUGGCCGCGGGGGGCAGCGGCUGCACUUCCUCUGCGUGCGGCAGUGGCAGCGGCGGCCGGGGAGUUAAUCCUCGACGCUCGGGUCCCGUUUCCCUCUGUGCGGCGGCCGGCGGGACCAUAAGGGCUUAACUCAUAUAUUUAACCCCCCUCCAAAAAGUAAGUGGCCCGUGUGGUGUCUCCGCUCCGCCUGCCGCCCCCUAGUCCCAGUCCAUCCUUGUGUCUGACUCUCCUAUCCUACAGCAUUGUUAUUUCCCCAUCUUUGCUUCGGUGUUGCUGAUGUGUGGGGAAAUGCGCUCUCGUCCUCCUGCCGUCCCCCAGGCGCAGUCCUUGGGGAGGCACAGAAUUCCAGCCCCUUCUCCCCCACCCCCGUGGGGAAUAUUCUUGGGAACCAGAUCGUCCCCAGCAGAAUCUAGGAGAUUCUAUCCGUUCGCUUGGGCCCCUCAUCCCCUCCUUCCCGACAGGGUUUCGUUGGAAGGAAUUAUGCAAAUCCUGCUUUCUGGUGUCCAUUCAGCGGCAAUUUCAUGCGGGUUUGAAAGUAUUCUUGAAGGGCUGUUUGGACCUGCAUUAUUAAAAGAUCUCAGUUUAUUUAAAGACUGUGAACCUGAAAGCAUUUCUGAUUGGACUUUCGAUGAAAAUUGUCUGUUUUGUUGCUUGAGAAGAAAUGAAGUAAAGGGACACUUAGUCAAUCUGGAUGAACCAGCUUCGGGAGCUGGGCAAGAAGCUCUGCUUAAACAAGAGCAAGCAAAAAUCAUUCGAUUCGAGAGACAAGCAGAAGAGUUCCUCAAUGCAGUCUUUUACAGAAAAGACAGUCCCUGGGUCUCCAACCCCAAUAUUCCCUUAGUGGCCCGUGAGAUCAUGCAGCGAAUGAUCCAACAAUUUGCUGCUGAAUAUACCUCAAAAAAUAGCUCUACUCAGGACCCCAGCCAGCCCAAUAGCACAAAGAACCAAAGCCUGCCGAAAGCAUCUCCAGUCACCACCUCUCCCACGGCUGCAACUACUCAGAACCCUGUGCUCAGCAAACUUCUCAUGGCUGACCAAGACUCACCUCUGGACCUUACUGUCAGAAAGUCUCAGUCAGAACCUAGCGAACAAGACGGUGUACUUGAUCUAUCCACUAAGAAAAGUCCGUGUGCUGGCAGCACUUCCCUGAGCCAUUCUCCAGGCUGCUCCAGUACGCAAGGGAACGGUGAGAACUCAACAGAAGCAAUAGCAGUAGAUUCUAACAAUCAGUCGAAGUCCCCACUGGAGAAGUUCAUGGUCAAACUGUGCACUCAUCAUCAGAAGCAGUUCAUUCGUGUUCUGAACGAUCUAUACACUGAAUCUCAGCCAGGCACCGAGGACCUGCAACCUUCUGAUUCUGGAGCAAUGGAUGCAUCUACUUGCAAUGCUGGCUGUGCCCAGCUAAGCACCAAACAUAAGGAAAAGGAUGGUAUAUAUCUUGAUGUGAAGUCUCCUACUUCUGUAGAUUUGCUCAUAGGCUCAUCGGGCUCUGACAGCCCUUUACACUUGACAGAACAGCCCCUAAAGGAGACUUCUCCUGGGACAAACUCUGUAGAUGGAAGAGAGAAUGCCUUGACUAUUGUCCAGAAAGAUUCUUCUGAACUUCCAACCACUAAACCUAAUUCUGGUAGUUCCAUGGAUAGUUCCACUCUGGGAUACCUCACUGCAUCUAAUUCUUCCUCAUUAAACUUCCACCACAUCUCUAAGAGCUUGGAGGGGCAAACCACUGGACAGGAGCAAGACACAAAUGUGAGAAUGUGUGAAGGUGGUAAAGAUCAUAUGCAGAGCUCAGCUUUAGGAGAAAGCCUACUUGCAGUAAAAGUGGCAGCUGAGAAGGAAGAGAGCAACAGCUGUAUUGUUGCUCAAAGAAAUUCAUUCAGAGCUUUAUCAGAAAAGGCUUGGGACUCAGGAUUUAUGGGAAAUUCACCUGGAACUGCUGACAAAGAGAAUGCUUUACAGGGUAGCUCAAAAACACCUUUACACCAGGAUUUAGAGGCAAGUGAACAAGAUUCAAGGCCAAAGCAAGAGAACCAUCUUCACUCAUUAGGAAGAAAUAAGGUGGGUUAUCAUUUACAUCCCAGUGAUAAGGGCCAGUUUGAUCAUUCCAAAGACGGUUGGUUAGCCCCCAGCCCUGUGCCAGCUGUACACAAAGCAUCUAAUGGACAUUCACGAACUAAGGUGAUGUCAACCUCUGUUAAGACAGCUCGGAAAAGUAAAAGGGCAUCAGGGUUGAGGAUAAACGAUUAUGAUAACCAGUGUGAUGUCGUUUAUAUCAGUCAGCCAAUAACAGAAUGCCAUUUUGAGAAUCAAAGAGCAAUACCGUCUUCUCGGAAAACAGCCAGGAAGAGUACUCGAGGAUACCUCUUCAAUGGGGAUUGUUGUGAGCUGCCUACUGUUCGGACGCUGGCCAGAAAUUUACACUCCCACGAAAAAGCAAGCUGCUCAACACUGGUGUUGGAAGCAGUGAUCACUCCCAAGCAGACCCUGGAAAUUUCAGCCCCUACACCUACAGUGAGUGUACAGCAUCCCAGAGAAGACAGCCCUGAAAAACUUAGUAAAGAAAUAACCUCCCUCACAGAAGGAGACAGAGACACUGCAUCUGAGAAGGAAUCUCAAGACUCUGAGGUUUGUCCCAUGAUGAAUAAACCAAGUCCAAACAGCUCCCCUGGGUCAAAGGAGACGAUAGCCUCCAGCCCGGUGGGGCGUCUCUCUGCUCACCUUCCUGAAGAGGACGGGUCAGAAAGUAGCACCAUGCUUUCAGUUCCCACAGCGAGUGGGAUAACUUCUCUUGAACCAGACCAGCAACCAGUUGAUGAACUGUUGGAUACAAAGGAGAUGAGUGUAACCCAAGGCUGUCACCUGGUUCCCUCCACUGAGAGCAUUUCUGAAGGAGGCAGUGAAGAUGUUGUUUCUUGGCCUUGUUCUUCUGCUAAAACAGUCAGUAGAGAGCAAAGUCCUUCAUGCUCAGAAAAUCAGAGUCCUCUUGUGGGCUUGGCACCUCCCAUGGGCCUGGGAAAGGCCGAGGAUGACCAAAGCAUCAAUACGGAAGCUGUGACUGAAGAUACUCAGGAGCUAGAGGCUAACCCACUCUUGACAGAAAGCUGCACUUUUACUAACAACAAAAACCCCAGUGAAGUUGAGGAAAGUGAAGGAGCCAGUGGUACAGGAGAAUUAGAGGGAGAGGACAGUGAUGGAAAACAUCUUUCAGAAAAAGAUAUGUGUGAUCAAAACAUUGACUCACUUGAAGAGAAUUUGGACAAGAAGAAGAAAGGUAAAAAAUUCCCUGAGGCCUCUGAUAGGUGCCUCAGAAGUCAGCUUGCAGAUUCCUCUGCUGAUAGGGGCCUAAGAAACCAGAGUUCAGAUUCUUCCUCUGCUUGUCCUGAAAUCAAGGUUUCUAAAAAUCCUGGUGCAAAACGUUCUAAGAAAGAAGGUUACCUGAGUGAGACAACACCUGAAGACUUUCUGACUAACAGUUUCCUUACAAAAGCUCCAGAGGACACUGAAAACCCAAAUGUUGAUGAAAAGCCCUCUGCAAAAGAUACUGAGCAGGAGGGUGAGGGAGCCGGGAUCAUCACCCGGCAGAGCUUUAAAAACCUGCUGACAAAAGAAUUCCACAGGGAAGAAGGAGCUACUUUCCCCAGCAGUGAUCCCAUAACCACAGUUGACCAGCCCCUGCCUGGAGAGAAACUGGAAAUCUAUGUUCAGUCUAAGCUAGGUGAGAAGAAUGCUCAUGACCCCUUGGAAAGUAUUCCUCAUACUUUCCCAGAACAAUCAAAAGGGAAUCCAGGACCUAUUGCUGCACAAGACACAGAGGAGGCUGUGAACGAGGUAGACAAUGCAGAUACCCAGCAUAACGGUGCUGGUGGUGAUGGGCCUGCCAGCUCACUUGGGUUGUCAAGUAGUGGAAGUGGUGAUGCUGAUGGACCCCCAAAAUGGGUCCCAAGGCUUACAAGACUGACUUCUUCAGCCUACAACCUAAGACAUGCUCAUUCUUUGGACUUGUUGGAUACUGCAAAAGUGACGUCAGACAAGGAAGCAGCACAGGGGAACCGAAUGCCAAAGGAAAAUGGUGCUUCAGAGAGUGGAGAUCCCUUAGAUGAGGAUGAUGCGGAUCCAGGGGCAGAGGACCAGCCAAAGUUCGUGGAGUGGUGUGCUGAGGAGGAGAACCAGGAGCUUAUCGCCAACUUCAAUGCCCAGUACAUGAAAGUUCAGAAGGGCUGGAUCCAGUUGGAGAAGGAAGCCCAGCCAACACCAAGAGCGAGGAAUAAGUCAGAUAAACUGAAGGAGAUUUGGAAAAGCAAGAAAAGGUCACGGAAAUGUAGGGGUUCAUUGGAGGUUCAAAAGUUUUCUCCUGUUCAGAUGCUAUUUAUGACAAACUUUAAAUUAUCUAAUGUUUGUAAAUGGUUCUUAGAGACCACUGAAACCCGGUCUCUGGUAAUCGUGAAGAAGCUCAAUACUCGUCUUCCAGGAGACAUACCCCCUGUCAAGCAUCCCCUUCAGAAGUACUCUCCUUCCAGCCUGUACCCCAGUUCACUACAGGCUGAACGUUUGAAAAAACACUUGAAGAAAUUUCCUGGAGCUACUCCUGCGAGGAACAAUUGGAAAACGCAGAAACUCUGGGCUAAAUUUCGGGAGAAUCCUGACCAAGUGGAGGCAGAGGAUGGCAAUGACAUCUGCCCCAGCCCCAAUUCUGAAGACAAUAGACAAGAAGUCAAGGAAUGUAGAAACAGCCAUCCUUCCACAAACUCGCCUACUCCAGCCAGUACCCGGAUCCUUAGGAAGUACUCCAAUAUUCGAGGAAAGCUCAGAGCCCAGCAGUGUUUGAUGAAGAAUGAGGAAAUGGAAAGCCCAUUUGGCCAGGCUGUGGAAAGCAAGCCAAGUUGUAAGAGUGUCUGCAUCAACCCUCUGAUGUCCCCCAAGCUCGCCCUGCAGGUGGAUGCAGAUGGGUUUCCCAUUAAGCUCAAGAGUACUGAUGGGAUGAAGGGAAGGAAAGGCAAACAGGUGUCUGAGAUUUUGCCAAAAGCAGAAGUUCAGAAUAAACGCAAGAGAACAGAAGGCGGCAGCACUCAGGAGCGGAAGGACAAGGGACCUGCGAUGAAAGCCAUCAAAGAAAAGCAUGCUGACAGCUCCACCAAGACCCCUGCUGCCAAGAAGCCAGCUGCAAGGGACAGAACCAGCCAGCUGCCCAGAAAGACAUCUUUGAAGGAGAAUAAAGUGAAGAUCCCUAAAAAGUCCCCUGGGAAGAGCUGCCCUUCCUCCAGGAAAGAAAAAGAGAAUACAAACAAAAGGCCUGUGCAGCCUGCCACCUUGGAGACAGUGACAAAGCCUGCAAAGCAAAAAGGGGCAGGUGAAUCCUCUUCCAAGCCACAGAAAGCCCCGAACAGGAAGCAAAACAACGGAAAGACUCGGGCCAGACCUUUGACGAAAACCCCAGAGAACAGUGCAGCCCAGAGAAAACGAAAGCUGAAGGCGAAGCUGGACUCUUCCCACAGCAAACGGAGGCGGCUGGAUGCAAAGUGAUUGGAAGGGUGGAAACCAUGAGUAACUGUUCUACAGAAGUAGCCCUUUAUUUUGCAUUAACUAAAUCUGCUUUUAUAAGCUUAUCAAGCCUUUCAAAUCUGCAGUUAAUGGAGAACCCCACAAUUUAAGAUGUCAGAAAAUGCAUCUCAGAUGGAGAAGGAAACUUGUAGAGUCUUUCUCUGAGGCUGAGUAAGGGAAGUUAUAUAUUAUAUUCUGGUUGUUCCUUGGGUUUUAAACUUGGAACCAAGCAGUUUUAGUUUUUAAAAGUACAGUGCCUUAUUUAUCCUUUUUGUCUUUAAAUUUACAAAAGCUAAAAAGCUGAUCUAUGUGAUUAAAGGCUUGUAUUUUAUACUUGAUGCACAAGCACUUGUACUGUAGCCAAGAAGACCACCAUCAUGCACAUUAAAGUAGCUUUUCAGCAGCCACCCUGCAGUAUCUGUACAUGAACAGAUACUCCUCUUUGCAAACCCUAGCAGUGAACUUCCCUCUCUGUCUUGUUUGUUUAAAUGAUAUUUGAAAGCUAAACCAAAUCAUUUUUUAUGGUAUGUGGAGAAUGCAGAGGGAAUUUAUAAUGAUUUUAAAAGAUUAAUAUUUCUGUUAUCCCUUUUUAAAAAAUCAUAUUCAUUCUUGGCCACUCUUCUCACUUUUGAUCUUCUGUCAUUUGAGAAAAUGUAUUCUAAAUUCUGUGCCUGUGGGACAAAAGGUGUGUCACAAGGCAUUAGUACUGGUUUAUGACCUCUGAAAAUUAUUUACGUCCUCCAAAUUUGCAUUACUGAUUCUACCAUCCUUUCAUUUUUGGCCUUGAAAGCUUCAUAACACUCUGAAAAGGUUUUCAUUCUACAUUGGGGGAAAAAAUAUCUAGUAUUUUUUAAUUUUUAACUGUGUAGCUAUAAUUUGGCAAUUAGUUUAAGAGUGACUAUUCUAAUUUUCUCUGACCCCGAGUACUUCCAUAUUUGAAGAAAGCUAAAUGUUAUUUCCAGUAAUAGAAAUGUUAACAUGUGUGCAUGUGUGUUCAGAUGCAUUUGCACUUGGUCAUCAGCCACAAGUGUCUCCCAUUCCCAGUUCCACAGUAAAAUUCUUUCUUCCCCAUGCAGUGUGCUAGGGUGUUCAUGACCUGGAUAAUUAGCUCAGGCCAGAUGGUUUAAAUGUGGCCCAGGGUCUCUAUGAGCGUCCCCAAAGCCACUUUGCCACCAGACUCAAAAGGUCUAAACAACACAGUUACAUAAAGGUCAAAGCAAUUUGCAGUUGAAGAAAGCCGCUCCAAUAUCUCAUAGUGGGCCCACAUCCCCCACACCCAGAGCUGAUGCUCAGCUGCUAUGUGCCAACUUGAAAGUAUAUGUUUCGAGUGGGUGUCUAUUCUGAUUGGUUUGUAGUUAAUCCUUCCUGCCACUGUCCUGUUGGGCUCUGUUCCUUGGCUUAAAAAUGAGAGCUGCAAUAUUUGUAACUGAUGUUUGCCUUUCCCAGGUAAAGCCGAAAUAAGUGCACUGGCUUUCCCUUGAUGCCUAGGACAUUGCUCCACUAUAACACAGUGUGUACUCAACAUUUCCAUUGAGCCACUUGACAAAAAGCCUUUGUUGUUGAAGCCUCAACCAGCUUCUCUAACAUGCUGUGUCACUGAAGUAGACUCCUGUGGACAGCUACUACUGUCCUUCCUGUUAAACUUUUUUCCAGUUAGAAUGUUUCAGAUCUGUUUAGUUAAACCCAGAUGGACUUGUUCAUGCAUUAGUUCAUUCAGUUCAUGAUAAAACAGGCUUUCUAUCCAUUCUGUUAAAGGUUUGCUGUAUAUAAUGAAAACUUCAGAUGAUUAAAUAGGACUGGAAAAAAACAUUUGAUUCAUGGGAAACUGAGAACUGUGUUGAAUUUCACAGAUUGCGAUGCUUACUACCUUCAGUGGAGCCUUGAUUAUUUCUUCUUUCUAAUGUCUUCUCUAUCCCAUGAGUCUCUUUUUUUCUUUUUAAUAUCUUUGACUUUGGAUAUUCAAGAGCUACCUAUAUUAAUGAAACUGCUGAGUGUGUGUGUUGGCAACCCUUUUUCAGCAUUAAGUUGCACAGAAGCAUUAAUAUGUUUUGAGUAAGUUCGUUUAGUCUUUAAAAAGUGGUUUUAAAGUUUUUUUUUUUAUCUUCUCAUAUAGUUGUCACUGGAUAUUGUUUUGUGGUGACUUAAACCGCUGAGGUUUGCUGAUGUCAGGUGUGCUGAUUCUUGUAUAUGUGUUCACAGUGCCCCCCUAGCUGAGUAUAGGCCACCUUGUGAGGGUGCUUGUUUGUUUAGAUUAAGGAGAGGUGUGAGGCAUUAUGUAGGGUGGAACUUUUCCAGUUCCAGGUUUGUAAUUCAUUCCACUACUUUUCUAAGUUCUUGUUCAUUUUUAAAAGCGUACUUCAAAAUAAUAGCCAUCUCACCCAUUUCAGGCAACAUUUAAGAAAAGGUAUCAGUGUGUAUGUAUUUAUUUUAUAUACCUAACAAUGCAAUGGAUCAUCUUUAAAAUCAAUUUAUACUUUAUAGUAGUGGCUACAUUUAAAUAGACUUGGAUUCUACAUAAUUAGGACACUUAAAAAUUCAGAAUUAUUUUUAUAUUUGUUGGAUCUCGUUUUUGCUGAUUCGGUUCAUUUUGCUCCUAGAAGAAGGAAAAUAAAAAACCAACUUGAUGGCCGACCCUGGAAGGCCCUUUUAUACUUACAGCUGUUGCUGGCAGACCUGUCUCCCAGAUAGAUCCAAGCCAGGCUUAGAGCUGACUCAAGUCCCCCAUUUUCCCUCUCUUGGAAAGACCUCCUUCCGAUAGCCAUCUUCACAGUAUGGCUUGCCACCAGAUGCAAAGGCAGUCUGUCCCACAUUCUGGAUCCCAAUCGGAAAGGAAUUCUGUUCCUGGGCCUAUACCUAGUGAGGUAACUGUCCCAGCGUUAAGGCUGACGUUGAAGUGAUGACCAGAGAGCACUGGUAUUACCCCUGAGCUUCGGGAAGAGCCGGGAGAUGCUUGGGAAGCAGUCUCUGAAGCUUCACCCAUGGCUCCCCAAAGAGGGGCCCUCUUCAGGAGACCCAUUUUCUAUCCCAUGAGACGCCCUGGGCUUAGGAGGACAACAUGAAGACCACUGCCUCCUCAGGCCCAGAGCCACACCCAGUCCUUCCUCAGACAUGCAGCAGGAAGGCCGUGACCUCUGUUCAGCUCUUGAGACUUCCGUCAUGGGAUUGUUACCAGUAUCUGUUAAUCUACAAUUGCUAGCCCCCUGGAUCCCUUAGGCCAAUUCUUUUGUGUCUGUAUUUCAUUAAAGAUUUCCGUACAAGCCUCAUCUUAAAAAAUAAUAUUAGUUCUGGUUUUUGUGCCUCACUGUUUCUUCAGUAGUUGUGAAUAGAGGAGGCGGUUAGUCUUCCCUUCACCCAUGUGGUGCCUCUGACGGGACCCUCUGCAUUUGUACUGUGUGGGUGAAUUUCUCACUGUCCAGAUGGGCAGUAAGAUACAUCACCUCCAGAGAAUUCGUUACUUAGAAGUUUGGUCUCUUCAAUUGUCCUGCCUUCUCAUGGAUUCUGUCGUGGGGGCUGACACUGUAGCUCUCAUUUAUGGGCAGCGUUCCUAUUGACUAGUGGACCUAAGAGCCAAGUAGGAAAGGGCAACAUGCUGUGAUACAAGCUAUAGAUGCUGUAGUGUUACCUUCACUCCUUGUGGUGGUCAGUCAGCUUGUGCAGGUUAUCUUAGCUUCCAGAUGAUCUAUCAAGGGUCUAUAGACUAUAGGCUGGUCUUUUUUUGUCAGUAAGUGUUCAUUGGAGCAGAGCCAUGCCCAUUCGUUGAUAUAUUGUUUGUGGCUGCUUUCCAGCAGAGUUGAAUAUCUGCAACAGAGACCAUGUGGCCUAUUACUAUGUGGACCUUUAAGAAAAAAUUAACUGAUCCUUGCUUAAGAAAAUAAUCUUUUAGAGGAACAAAUCUUCCCUGAUUUAUCUCCUUUUUCCUGCCUCUUCAGCUCUGUCCUCUUUUUGUCCCCUUCUUACUUAUCUUACGUCAAUUUUAUCCUUUCUUUUACUUUUCUUUAUUUCUUCUUGAAAGAGACACAUUAUGUUGCUCUAGUACACUGAAUGCCAUCUCCUGCAACGUGAGCUCCCUUAGCCUCACAUCUUCCUUCUCGGAAUCGCCUGUCGCAGUAUUCAUAGUAAGGCCAUGUCUAGCCUGCAGAGGCAGAACCCAUGAGCAGACUGGGAUUCAGAGUUCUGAAAUUACGUGGCCUGGCCUCUCAUUCCACUUAGACCCAACUCAAGCUUCACUCCUUGUUUGUUAUUGAAGUAAGCCAAGAUUUUGUUUCUUUCAAAAUUAACUGAGACAACUUUAGUUGACUGUUCAGUUUUCUGAACCUCACAUUUAGAUACUGAAAAAGUCUUUCAUAGGAAACAGGUAAAUCACAAACCCAGAGCAUUAUUUGUUAUGUAAUAUUUUUGACCAGCUUCUAGGAAAAUAAAAAUGUAUUGGUACUGAUACAUUAUCAAUCGCAUACUCUCCUUACAAAAUAAUUUUAUUAAAGGCAAGCCAACAAAUAAAACAUAGAGGCUUGAAGUGCUUUGAAAAGAAUAACAGAAAAAUUGGAGCAUAUUAUAACCUGAAUGUGACUAUGAAAUUAUAGAUAACAUCAUUAGAUCAAAUUCGCUCAGCUGCCAAGGUGUUAGUCCUCCACCUCCCCAAAAACUAAAGGAGAAGCUUCUGUGCUGUCUUUAAAAAUGAAGUUGAAUGUCAUGUUAAUGAAAAAUUUUUUGUCAUUGGUCCCAGAAGUGACUGUUCCAAUUGUUUUGAAAUAGUUAUAAUUUUGAAUUACUAGCCAUUAAUUUUUGUGUUCUUGUGGCUUGACGUCCACUGAAAUACUGAAAUUUUUCUGUAGGUAUGAACUCUGUCUGUAUUACAUCAUCAAGGCAAUCCUCCCAACCUAUCAGUAAGUACUCUUCCCGUGCUUGCUCCCAAAUCCUUUCCAGGGGAAAAAAGAAAAUAAAAAGAUUAUUGUACUUAAAACAGGCAGAAUUAUUGGAAGCCUUUUGAGGCAGCCUUCAAUAUAAUUCAUUCCUUCAAACAUCAGAAUAAAUUGUUGUAUUUCUACAGUGGAUGGGUUGGAGGACUUGAAGGCCUGCCCCCUUUCUUUUAGAUAUUAAAUCAUACUCAAGCAGAAACCCAGAGCUCUCUGAUGCUGCUCUCAGCUCAGGGCUUUGCUGCGCUGCUCUGGGGACCCAGGGAACCACCUUGGGCACUUUGCAGAUGUCCUUGCUCUUGGAUUUGCCCAGUUCCUUCCAUUACCUCCUGUCUGUCUGAUCUUCCUUUUCCCAGAGCCCUGGUGGUUUAAGCACAGUGCACAGGAGACAUCCUUUGCUUUGGCCUUCAGAGGGGCACUGUGUGGUCGUGCUGUCCUGGUGAGCACAGUGACAUACAGGCUUUCUCCCCUGCCGGGGACCAUUUCAUGUAACACCAAGGGCUCGGUAGGCAAGCCACACUCAAGUAUAGAAUGUCCACUGAAAAAGACCAGGUGCACAUGAUUCUGCAAUACGUCAGAGGCUGGAGGAAUGCAUUUUACCUUUUUUUAAGGGUUAUACAUUUUUAAAAGAGUAACAGAGACCAUAUGUCACCCACACAACCUGAUAUAUAAAAUAUUUACUACCCUUUGCAAUAUGUCAUUCAAGAUCAAAUUGUGUGGACAGUUAGUUGCAAACUUACUUUCUCAUGUAGUCCAGCAUUAUACCAUCUCUUUCCCUCAAAUUUUAACUUGUUACCUGUUCAUCUCAGCACAUGGCUGCUUCACACAUUAUUCCUGAGAAAUGCUCAUGCAUUAAGAAAAUCCCCCAUGUUGGUUGGAUAUUUGCUGAAUCGUGAACUUAUGAUCUUAUCUACAAGGAUAAGUGUUAAAACUAAAAGUAUGAAGUCUUUUAAACAAAGUACAACAGUCUUCAUGUUUAUGAAUCAGGGUGAACUUGACUGUCAUGCAGAGACAUUCCUCUUUCAAUACAGAGGGACUUAAUAAUGAACCUAAAGCCUAAAAUAGUGCCUCUCCCCACAAACACUGGUAUAUUAGUUUUAUCCCCUGGAGGCCUCCUUUUCUUUUCAUGUACAACAUAUUCACUAAUGUAUCACUUCCCAAGCUUUGGUCAUUUUCCUGUGAAUGUAAACAUCUGGUCUUUGCCUGUUGUAACCUCAGAUCCAUACCAGCCAUUCUCAGCUCUCUUAAAGAUACCAGCAUUUCGAUGGCGCCUUUUGUAGCACACCAGCAGCUUUAGACUGAAGUUCAGAGCUCUCCGUCCCGACCAGUGAAGCCCGACCCUGCAAGGCCCGACUCGCCUCAGUUUGAGGAGCCACCCUUUGCAUCUUGUACCUUCAGCUCUUGCCACCAACCCCCUUCCAGGAGGCAUCUUCUCUGGGACAGUCUCUCGCCUCCCAAGAACUUCAAUGAACACAUUUCUUUUCAUAAUUCUAUUGUAUUUAGCCAUGGGGUCCAAAUAUUCAAUUUAUCAACUUUUUUACCUUACUGUUUUCUAUAAUCUGCAUCUCAUAUUGUCUGUAGCUAAAGCUGUAGUAUGUGGGAGCUACUUUGUGGAAAAGCUACUUAGUGGAAAAGAUGCUAUGCAAACAAUAUUUGCAUAAUUUUAUGUAUUUAUACUACAGGUGAGGAUUAGUUUUAGAGCCAUUCUAGCUUAAGGUUAUUAGUCUCUCAGUGAUUUCUGCAUUCUUAAUAGUUCUGAGAGACUGCUAGCAGCUAUGGUUUCAAGUACAUUGAUGAUACAUAUUUAAACACCACUGUGGAAUUUAUUUCACUGUAUAAAUAGUGAUAUUUUCCUGUUCAAAUGCUUCUAUAGAAAGUAUUUAUUUUAACAACAAAAAAUUAUCAAAGGGCUUUCAAAAAAAGUGUUCUUCCUAGCCACCUGUCCUCCCCAACUACCAUGGGCAUCUGUGAAAUCUCUACACAGCACAGUAAAAGCAGAAGGGUGGGGCCUUGAAGCGUUCACUGUAUUUGAGCAGAUGCAACAUGGAUUGGGAACAUGAGCACAUACCCCGACUGUCACCCCAUCCCAGAACAGAGUGGGUCUCCCACAGUCAGUAUGGCUGUGCACAUGGUAUCGGGCUUGCCUCAAGCAGCCCCUUUUUGCAUACCCUGUUGGUACAGUCAACCAUAGCCUUCCACAACCUGGGCAGGGAAAUGAGCCUUAGUUGUAACCCGAAGGCAAUCCGAACCCAUACCUGUGGGAUGUGGAGAAACCACUGGUUGCCUAAAGAAAGCAUUAAGAUGUAUUUUAGUUUUUCUCAUAUUUGUGAAGCAUACCUAUUCAGACUCCCCUAACCGUGGGAGGUAACUAUCCCAUGUUUCCUUCUGCACCUUGACAGUACUUGUGAGCACCUCGACUCACCUCCCCCUCCCCCUGCUGUCCCAGCAAGCAUCUGUGCAGAUGUGGGCCAGCCCCACUGGUAACUGAUGGUUACAGGAGACCCUCUGGUCUGAGGUGUGUGCAGCUUUACUCUCAGGAGUCCUAGUCUGCAGUUCAAGCACCCCCUUGAUGCAAUGGAACUGAUGCUCUAUGAUCAUGUUCCUCUUCCCCACGCCUCUUCCCCACGACACCCCCCUGGGCUGAGUCGUGAUUCUCAUUCUGCCCUGCUACCUAGACUGAGAACCACAGCUCCAGGGCUGCAGGGAGCUUGGGGUUUUUAUCAUCCAUCUGAACCAUAAUUGUCAUAUUUAUUUAUGGCCUCCCUUUGUCUUUUCUAAACAAAUGAGGACACUUGAGCAGUAAUGCUGGAGAAUGUUUUUUUCUAAGAGACUCUUUGUAAGCAAAUCUUUUUUAAGAUGAAAUGUGAAUGGGUAACUAGGUGCCAGGGAAUUUAGCACUGAACUAGACAAAAUUUUUUUUACCUUUGCAGGAAGAAGUAAAUUUUGCUCUCAUCUAAAUGAUCACAGAAAGUAAUGCUGUAAAUAGUUUUUUAAAAAUAUUUAUUACAUGUGCUGUAUGCAGAUUCAUGUUCUGAGUGAUGUUGGUUUGCAUUGUAAUAUUGUAGAAGAUAUUUUGAGCAGUGAACUUGUUUUCAUAACACAGUUCACACAUGGACAAAGAACAAAAACCAGCAGGUUGAGAGCUGUUUGGGGCAUUUGAUCUGUAAUGUUACAUCCUAUCCAGGCUUUAAUUGCCCCCUGUUCUCAUCUGGUUAUGCUAUAUUUGUAUGUGUACAUACACACACAAUAAACUGGUCUAUGGUCAGUCCCCAGAUCUGCAGAACAGAUUUCCAGGUAUUCUUUCUGAUGUGUUGCCCAUAAGCAAUAAGAUCCUAGAUGAUAACAUUUCUUCCAGGAGCCAUGUUGGCCCUUUGUCUCAGAGGAUAGGGUAGAGGUAGAACAGCUCUUGCUAAGACCUCUUGCCUUUGCCGGAGAGGUUGCUGUACUUGAAUUUUUGCUUUUGUUUAUCUGCACGCUCCUUUAUGUCAUACAACUCUAGCAACAGAUGAGAAAUCUGCCAGCACCAGACACAUCAAAAACUGGGUAUAGACAUUGAAAAAUUAUCAGUUUUCCAUGAAUUUGUGUCUUUUCCAGAAUCAAGUUGAGGCAGAGUUCAUUUGGCUGUUGCAUAAAUGUAAGAACUUUUUACAUUAGAAAUUAAAAGGCCAGUUAAAAGCUCUUUGACUGUAUCUGACCUACUCGAUAUUUUAAAAGCUAACCCAUUUCCUGUCAUCCUCCUUGUGCCUGGUUUGAUACGUCUGAAGCCCCCUUCAUGUCUGGGGUUAACCCACUUAGGUCAGUGCACAGAGGGCAGUUGCUCUUCCUUCUCCCAGCGUGUCCAGUUCAACAGGUUUCGAAGCUGUUUUGCAGCCUCUCCUUGUGACCGUCCUAAACUUUAUGAAAAAUACCCCACACCCAAAUAACCAUUAGGAAUAAUGUAGUUUUUUAGGCUUUUGAAAUAUGUCUUUUUUUGUAUUUAUGAUGGUGUUUGGAAUUUUUCACUAGUGUUUUUUUAGAUUGAAGUGGGUGCAUUAGGAUAAAACUUUCCAUUGCUGAGCCAGAAGGUGAGCAAGAGGGAAGAAACUGACCUAUAAUGUAUCAUUGGGAAGGUGACUACUUCUUGUGGUGGGAGGGUGGGGAGGGGCAUUGUAGAUUAUGUGGUAAAAUAGAAUUCUGGCCUGAGGCUCCCCAAGUCUUAUUACCUUGUAAUAAAUAAUCCCUUUAUUAGCCUCACUUAAUCUCAAUAGAAGCCUGCUGUUUACCCUCAGGGAACAAGUAGUUUUCAAAAUUGAGCUCCUCCAAGGUCGCUGGCCAGUGCCUGUGUGCAGGCAUUGGUCGUCUUUGUGAACUCAUGGCAUUAUUUUCCCAUAUGCAUUAUGAUAUUAAGAAAUUCAACCCCAACCUGUAUGAAAAGCACAGCCCAGGCCCUCCUGAGGGCCAGGGGGUCAUAAGAGGCCCAUGCAAUUUAACUGAAACUCAGGUGCCGUGUUGGGUUUUUAUUCUUUUUAGGCCACGACCCUUCAGAAUGAGUGUAGGGCAGGGGCUGCUGAUCCAGCUGUGGACCAGGGAGCUCUAAGAUGAAUCUCUACCGUUCCUUUCUGGUUCCUCCCAGUGUUGUCAUUGCCAAGGUCAAUCUUGUAGUUGUUAAGAUGUGCUCCUUUUUGCUGUUUUGUGAGUCUUAGCCAGUGAUCCAGGCACCCAAGGAGAGGGUCUCUGGAGGCCCUAGCCCCUUCGUGGUACCAAAUGUGUGCUCCUGACCUGUGUGAAGGUGGUCUUUCCAAAAGCAGCAAAAUGAGAAAUUCUGCUAACGGUAAUCGGGACGAUCAGCAUGUAUCUCUUGGACCUGGAUUUCCACUAUGUUAGUGAGUAUAGGAAAAUACUGUGUCUUUAAUGGAUGAAAAUUCAAUGUAUGCUGUGAAUUUGUUGGUUUGAAACAUUGAAAAUUUUACAUUAGAUAAUGUUUACAUACCUCACCUGAAGAACCUUUGAGAGUGUAUAUAUGAAAUUAAAAAAUAUAUUAAGUUGCUUUAAAACAAUAUGUAUAGCUAUAAAAGUUGGAGUUAUUUUAACUUUGACUGUGAUCCAAGUCUCUUAAAUAUUGAAAUCGUGUGGAUUUUUUUGUGUGUUUCUGUGUUUUACUUUCCUAUUAGGCCAUGUAGGAAACUGUGUUCUUGUUAUUGGUAAAAGGGCCCUCACUGAAAUCCAAGCUUGGAAGGAUUUCCUUUGUUGUUUCAGGUUUUCUUGUUUGGUUUUGAGGUAUGGGGCUAGAGGAUGUGUGGGAGGGAUUUCUCUAACAUUGACAUCUAUUCCAUGAGCUUUUUCUAGGCGCUUAUUUUAUUGCAGCGUAUUAAACUUCUUUGAUAUUAAAGUGUGUUUGUGUAGUUACUGCAGAGGGUACAGAAUGCAUUGAAGACCAGAUGCAACUUGCAGCCUAUGGCAAAGUUGAUAACUUGCCAGAAGGCACCAAAAAGCAAUACCUCUUACUCUUCUGCCUCAGCCAUGGCUGUGGGACUUAAAGGAACAUUGUUUGCUAGAUCGGUGGCCAUUUGUGAGUUGUGCCCUGGACCUCUUCCUCCAGUAUUCAUCGUGUGGCAAACUAACCAGAAUAUAACCUGAGAGGUGCAGACC